AAGCCCCCUCUCGAAAUGCUGGAAAUGUCCCCACACAGCACAGCGCUUCCCUCUGCAGCCACUUCUCCUACUUUCAUUCAACACAACAAUCCCUCUUAGACCCGACCACCAUGCCUACUCCGUCCAUCGGUCCGGGCACUGCUGCCGUCGACUACACUUCUCUGAGCAAGAGUCAGCUGUACUUCUCAUUCUCCUUGGUCACCUCUCUGUUCUUUCUCUGGGGGCUGUCGUAUGGUCUUCUCGAUGUACUCAACAAACACUUUUUGACAGUCUUCGGAUUAACCAAGACCAAAUCAACGUUAUUGCAGUUUGCCUAUUUCGUGUCCUACCUUGUGGUUGCGCCCCCCAUGGGUGUCUUCAUGAGACGCUACGGCUAUAAGAAGGGUAUCCACAUCGGUCUAGGCCUGUUCUCUAUCGGUGCUGUCCUCUUCUGGCCUUCUGCCAAGUUUGAACAGUACGGGAUGUUUGUCGCCUUCACCUUUGUCUCCGCCAGUGGUCUUGCCACCUUGGAAACAGCAGCCAACUCUUACAUCACCAUUCUUGGGCCUCCUUCUCAUGCUGCCAUGCGCCUCACCUUGGCUCAAGCUUUCAACGGCAUUGCGACAGUCAUCGGUCCUCAGAUCGCUGCCAACACCUUCUUUAACGGCGACAACCAGAACAGCCUCGGUACAGUCCAAUACGUCUACUUGGCUCUUGCUUGCUUCUCAGCACUUUUAAAUGUCGGGAUUGCAUUCGCGACGCUCCCCGAAGUCAAGCAGGCAGUGUCCGAAGACCAGGAAGAACGAGUCGCCAAGCAGUCAAUCUGGAAGCAGUAUCACACCUUGUUCGGUGCCGCCGCCCAGUUCUUCUACGUCGGUGCUCAAGUAGCUGUAGCUUCCUUCACCAUCUUCUACAUCACGGAACAACCUGGAAUCUCCCCCGCGUAUGAUUCCGCGACCGCGGCAAACAUGUUUUCCGGCUGCCAGGCGGUCUUCACCUUCGGGCGAUUUUUGGGGGUAGCCUACCUUCGUUGGAUCGAUCCUUCCUUCGCCUUGUUCAUGAACGGCAUUGGAUUGGUGAUCUUCUCCAUCCUGACGGCCACAGUUCCCGGAAAGGGCGGGAUUGCUUGCCUCUUCAUGAUCUACCUCUUCGAGUCAGUAUGCUAUCCUGUGAUCUUUAGCGUGGCCACACAAGGUCUGGGAAUUCAUGCGAAGAUCGGUUCAGGAAUAGUCGCUUUGGGGGUGUCCGGUGGUGCCGCUUACCCUUCCAUCCAAGGUGCCGUGUCCGACGCCGUCAGCACUUGGAGGUCCUUCUUCAUUCCCUUGACCGGCUUUGUACCCCUGCUCUGCUACGGUGGUGUCAUGUGGGUCAUCAACAGCAGGAAGUACCACGGCCGCUUGACGAUUUGGACUAGCCAGACCAACCUCAAUGUCGAGGAAAGCCCUGGGCAAUACACUCCCGAGGUCGGUGCUAGGGACGACAUUGAGAAGGUAGCCUCAUUGGAACACGAUGAGAAGCCUGUUGUCGAGUUCCGAGAGCGGGUGUAGACAUCGGGGUGUGAGAAAGAAAGAAAGACGGAAGAAUAUCAUUGUUGUUAUACGGAAAGUUGUUAUACGGAGAAGUAAAUGUGUUUUUGUCACCAUAGCAGGAUGUAAAGUGAAUAUUGGCCCAG